GAGUAGAAGAACCUUAAAGGACUCCUCGCCCCAUAAGUUCCUACACCUCCUCUUCUGUUUUUAGCUACACUCACUCUUCCCUUGGGGCAUCUUCAUCACAGUCACAAAUCGAGAACCACACUACCUUCACGAUGGCCUCUCCACAGCAAAUCCGCACAAAGCUUACCGACCUGCUGAAGAUCCAGCACCCCGUCCUGCUUGCGGGCAUGAACGUGGCUGCCGGUCCUAAGCUCGCUGCUGCCGUCACAAAUGCAGGAGGUCUCGGUGUCAUCGGUGGCGUCGGAUACACACCAGAUAUGCUCCGCGAGCAGAUCGCUGAGUUGAAAGGAUACCUUAAUGACAAGAAUGCACCGUUCGGCAUUGAUCUGUUGCUUCCUCAGGUUGGUGGUAGCGCACGCAAGACAAACUACGAUUACACCAAGGGCAAGCUGAACGAGCUAGUCGACAUCAUCAUCGACUCAGGGGCUAGGCUAUUCGUCUCUGCCGUCGGUGUCCCUCCCAAAGCCGUCGUCGAGAAGCUUCACAAGGCCGGUGUGCUAUACAUGAACAUGAUCGGUCACCCCAAGCACAUCAAGAAGUGCCUCGAUAUCGGCGUCGACAUCAUCUGCGCACAAGGAGGCGAGGGUGGAGGCCAUACUGGAGACGUUCCCACAUCUGUCUUCAUCCCUACGGCUGUCAAGAUGGUCGAGGGUUACAAAUCGCCUAUGACCGGUGAGCAGGUGCAGAUUGUAGCCGCCGGUGGCAUGUACAACGGCCAGUCGCUCGCUGCUAUGCUUACUUUUGGUGCCACUGGUGUCUGGGUAGGAACACGUUUCAUUCUCUCCGAAGAGGCUGGUGCGCCAAAGGCCCAUCAAGAGGCCGUUCGGACAGCCGGCUGGGAUGACAACGUCCGAACCAUCAUUUUCACAGGCCGGCCACUGCGUAUCCGCAAUAAUCCCUAUGUUCAGAAUUGGGAAGAGAACAGGCAAGCCGAGAUCAAGGAGCUCACUAGCAAGGGUAUACUACCUGUCGAGUAUGACCUUGAGAAGUUGGGCGAUGAUCUUGAUGAUGAGACUAUGGACAACGCCCGGCCGUUCUUGAUGGGUAAGGUCGCCGCUGCUGUGACUGAGAAGAAGAGCGCAAGGGGAAUUGUUGACGAGAUUGUGGGUGACGCUGUGAAGUGGCUACAGACUGGUAACUCGUUUAUCGUAUCGAAGUCUAAGCUAUGAGUACAAGUAGGAAUUUAGCCAAUGAAGCGUUCAGCGAGCUGUUUGCUCGAUCUAAUUGUCGAGAAUUAAAGUUCACUUGUUUCCUUUAAAAACGCUGUCGCUUUUCGACCAUAUAGUAUAUGAACUUUUUGACUCGAUCUGAUUGCAGGAGUCGAUAAAGGAUUCGUAUGAAAGCGUUGGCGUGGGCCACCAUGUGCGGGGAAGACGGUAGUUUUGGGAUGUAGCUG